CAAGGUGAGCUGUGUGUAGUUUACCCAGCUUUAAACCUCGGAUUUCCAAAACAUAGCAAAGCAAGCGAUUACCAACGCCGGUGAUGGAGCUUCCGCCGUCUCCAUGGCUGACGUACUCUGCAAUCCUCACGCUCUUCUUGGCCCUCUUCGUCAUAGCUUUCAUCAGCGGCCGCCGGCGACGGAACCUUCCUCCCGGGCCACGGCAGUGGCCAAUCAUCGGGAACCUGAACCUCAUCGGCGCGCUUCCACACCGAUCCAUCCAAAAACUCUCCAAGAAGUACGGCCCGCUCAUGCAACUUCAAUUCGGUUCCUUCCCUGUAGUGGUAGGAUCCUCUGUUUCCAUCGCCCGCCUCUUUCUAAAGACCCACGACCUAGCCUUCGCUGGCCGGCCUAAUACCUCCUCCGGCAAGAUCACGGCCUAUAACCGUUGUGGCAUCACGUGGUCAACCUAUGGACCCCACUGGCGUCUGACGCGUAAGAUGUGUGCAUCAGAGCUCUUCAGUCCUCGCCGCAUCGACUCCUUCGAGCACAUUCGCUCCGCCGAGCUGCGCGGGCUUCUUCGCCGCCUCUUCGACGCCGCCGGUGAACCCCUCCUCCUUAAGGACUACCUCUCCAUUCACAGCUUCAACGUCAUCAGUCGCAUGGUCUUAGGCCGCCGGUACCUUGACCCCACAGACGAGGACCAGUUGAAGCCCCCGCCGCCGGUGUCGGAAGAGGAGUUCAAGAGGCUUAUGGAUGAACUGUUCAUCCUUAACGGCGUGCUGAACAUUGGCGAUUUCAUCCCAUGGCUAAAUUUUCUUGAUUUACAGGGCUACAUUCGCCGGAUGAAGGCCUUAACCCUCAACUUCGAUCCUUUUUUCGAGCACGUUCUGGAUGAGCACAUCAGCCGCCGAGUAAAGGAAAGAGAUAAUUUUUCGCCCAAGGAUAUGGUUGACGUCCUCCUUCAGUUCGCGGAGGAUCCAAGCCUCGAGGUCAAGCUCGACAGGAACAGCCUCAAGGGUAUAAUACAGGAUCUAAUCGCCGGCGGAACAGAGACCUCCGCGGUGACGGUGGAGUGGGCGAUGUCGGAGCUUCUGAGGAAGCCAGAGAUCAUGAAGAAGGCAACAGAGGAGCUUGACGGUGUCAUCGGCAGGGAGCGGUGGGUGGAGGAGAAGGACGCCCAGGACCUCCCUUACAUAGAAGCUAUCGUGAAGGAGACGUUGCGGUUGCACCCUGUUGUGCCAUUGCUCAUCCCUCGCCUAGCCCGCGAGGACGUCGUCAUCGACGGCUACGACAUCCGCGCCGGCACACGCGUCCUCGUCAACACGUUCGCCAUCCAACGGGAUCCCACCAUUUGGGAAGAGCCCGACGAGUUUCUGCCGGAGAGGUUCCUCGGCCGGGAUAUCGAUGUUAAGGGUCAUCACUUCGAGCUACUGCCAUUCGGGUCUGGGAGGAGGAUGUGCCCAGGCUACGCAGUCGGCCUCAGGGUCAUUCAAUCCAGCCUCGCCAACAUCCUUCAUGGCUUUAACUGGCGACUGCCCGAUGGAAUCAAGGCGGAGGAGCUCAGCACGGAAGAGAUAUUCGGCCUUACCACGCCAAAGAAGGUGCCUCUUGUGGCUGUCGCUGAGCCCAGGCUGCCGCCAAAGAUGUACAGAAUCUGCUCUUGACUCUAUAGUCUGUACUAUUGAGCCGGGCCCGAAGAAAGUAAUAUGUAAUAUGAUAAUUAUCGUGAGAUAUUAUAUAAAUGUUAGUCUCUACGUACUUAGUGCCAAUUGCGUCGUAUUUGGAACCUGAUAUAUAGUGUGGCUGAGAUUAAUAAAUAAAUAAAGAAGUUCUGUGUUCUCCGUUUCA